AUGGCCAUGGAAGCUAUUCUUGGUCCGAUUGUGGGGAAAAUCGUGGAGAAGUGUAUUGAUCCAAUUAUGCGUCAAUUUCAGUAUUUAUUUUGCUAUAGAAGCAACGUUGAAACCCUGAGGAAUGGCAUCAAAAAACUCGAGCAAAGGAAAACUAAGGUGCAACGGUUGGUAGAUGAAGCAAGAAACAAUGGUGAAGAAAUUGAACCAAUUGUUACUGAUUGGCUAAGUCGGACUGAUGAUCUAGAGAAAGAGGCACAUACUACUAUUUCUGAUGGUACGGAGAAUGUUAAGGUGAAUUGCUUUAAAAUUGUUAGGCUUCCGAAUUUGAAGUCGCGUUAUUUGAUAGGCCGACAGGCUGCCAAAAGAGGAAAUGAUGUUAAAGAACAUCUCAGAGAGGGCCAAUUUGAUGAAGUUGGAUACCUUCCUCCAUUGGGGAAAAUGCCUUUAAGUGAAUCGACCAUAUCCUUUGCUUCUAGGAUGUCAACAAAGAAGGGAGUGAUGGAAGCUUUAAAGCAGGAGAAAACUAGCCUAAUGGCGAUUUGUGGUAUGGCCGGCGUAGGCAAGACUACUUUGGUCAAAGAAAUUGCUGAUCAGGUUAAGUUUGAGAAACUAUUUGAUCGCGUAGCCUUUGCAGCUGUGUCUCAAAAUCCAGACAUGAGCAAUGUCCGAAAUCAACUUGUUGAGCGGUUAGAGCUGAAAAUUUCUGAGCAAACUGAUCUGUCAAGAGCUGAAAGAUUGCAUAUGACACUAACCAAUAGUGACAAGAGAAUUCUUGUUAUAUUGGACGACAUUUGGAAAGAAGUCGAUUUUAAGAGUCUGGGAAUUCCCGUCGGAGGUGAAUGCAGGAGCUUAAAAGUCAUACUGACGUCUCGAUCCUCAUAUGUUUGUAGGGACAUGAGAGCUGAAAUCUUUGAGGUGGAUAUCUUGCCUAAAGAAGAAGCAUGGCUUCUUUUUAAAGAGGUUGCAGAAAUUUCUGAUGAUGCUGAUUUCAGUGAUGUUGCAAAGGAGGCUGCAGAGGAAUGCAAAGGUCUACCUCUUGCAAUCUUUGUUGUUGCCAGGGCAUUAAUAAGCAAUCAUACUCUAGAAGACUGGGAACAAGCCCUUGAACACCUAAAGGAGUACACAAUUAGAGACCUAAGGGGUGUUGAAGAUUCAGUGUUUUCAACAAUUGAGUUUAGCUUAGACUAUUUAAAAAGCAUUGAAGCUAAGUCACUACUUUUGCUUUGCAGUUUAUUUCCAGAGGAUUAUAGUAUUCCAAUCGAAUGUUUGGUUAGGUAUGGAAGAGGGCUAGAAUUGUUCCCAAAUAGACGGAGGUUAAAAGAUGUAAGAUACUGGGUAGACAAGCUUAUUGGUGACCUGAAAAGCUCCUAUUUGUUGCUAAACGAUGCUGAAAAAGAAGACUCUGUAAAACUGCACGAUGUCGUGCGAGAUGUGUGCUUGUCAAUUGCAUCAAAUGACGAGCAUGAGUUUUUAGUGAGCAAUUCUGGAGUGGAAGAAAAGAAUUCUUACACGGCAAUUUCGCUAGUAUCGCAAGAUUCCAAUCGUGAUCUACUUCCAUUUUGCAAGGAAUAUCCAAAGCUUAGGUUGUUGCGUUUGGUAUUCCAACCAGGAGAACUCAACCUAUCAGAAGACUCUUUUGUAGGAAUGGAAGCUCUCAGGGUCAUGGAAUUAAACCACUCCCAAAUUGAAUUUCCACUGUCAUGGCCUGGACAAAUGUUAAGGAGCCUUCGGACACUGUGUCUGGAUUAUUGUGUGUUGGGCAAUGGAAUGUCGUCAAUGCUUGGACACAUGAUUCAAUUGGAAACUUUGAGCCUCUUUCAAUGCGAAAUUCUGGAUUAUCGGUUUCCAGCUGAAAUCGGUCAGUUGAGUAAUUUAAAGUUGUUAGAUUUGAGGGUUGAAAGUAGCCUCCAUCCCUUGCCUAGUGGUAUCUUGUCAAGCUUGAAGAAACUAGAAGAAUUGUAUUUAGGAUCUCGUGAUCAUUUACAGCUAGGGAGAGAUAAAGAAGAGGAAAUAAGAUGCCUUAAAGAGAUCUCAUCAGUCUCUAACCUUGCAUGUCUCCAAAUUGUUUUAUAUGACCUUAACCUCUUACUUCUAUCUUUGCAAGAAUUUGAUACUCAGAAGUUGUCAAGAUUUCACAUUGCAGUAGCUAAUUACGAAGAAGCAAUAGAAUAUCUCAGCAAAAAAUAUCAGUUUCGGAAAAGCUUCGGGCUUUAUUUGUUAGAUCAUGGUGAUGAAGGGUUGAACCAAGUGUUUGAUUCUCACAAUGUUACUAGCAUUGUCAAGAGAACUGAGAAUCUCACUUUGGUUCUUGGUGGAUCAUCAGGCUUGAUGAAUCUUGUGCCUGACUUGGGUGGAAACGGGUUCAUCAAUUUGAAAAGGCUUUCUCUGUGCUUUGGACAAUAUGAAUGCCUUGUUGAUUCUACCGGCAACCUUGUUGCCCGACAUGUUUUUGAAAAUUUGGUGUCCAUGAAGUUAGAACGUUUGGAGUUGAAAGAAAUAUGUAUGGGAUUUCUUCCACCUCGAUGCUUCGGUCAACUUCAAGAGGUGACAUUUUCUAGAAUAAGUGCUUUAGAGUGCUUGUGGAAGGGAUCAGUCGAACCUCCGUCGCUUUGCAACCUCAGAUCUAUUAAAGUACAGGAUUGUGCUCAAAUUACAACUCUCUUCUCACAAUCAGCACUGAAAUGUCUGGUGAAACUCCAACAGAUAAGUGUACAUGGGUGUGAAAAUUUCGAGAGAAUUGUUGUGAGGGAGGAAAGUCUGACAGAGGAAGUGCUUGAGCUACCCCAACUCAAAGCGUUAGACUUACGCUUGACAAACUUUAUUGGUUUUGGCUCUGAAGAUGAUAAAGCUGUGGCUUUUUUUGACCAGGUUUCACUCCCCUGCCUGGAAGUACUAUAUAUUGUUGAUCCUAGUGAUGGCCCGGAACAACUAGUAGGAGGGAAAAUGCCUAGUGGGUCCCUCGACAACUUAAAAUCCGUGUAUCUUUGGGAUUGUCGCUUUAUCCGAUGCAUUGCCAAAGCUGAUACGGUUGCAUUAUUACAAAAGUUGCAAGCACUUGACAUGUGGAUUUGUAAUGGGAUGGAAUCCUUUUUCGACUUUGAGGGUCUAAAAGUUCCAAAUACUCCAUCAGAAAAGGCACUUGAAAUUCUUCCCAAACUAGAGUCACUGUGCUUGCGUGACUGUCGAAGAUUAACCCAUAUUUGGAGGAAUUUUCCUGAAGGGGUUCGAGUAUUCCAAAACUUGAGAAGUCUAGCUGUGUGGGAGUGCCCUUUAAACUGUUUGUUUCAUCCUCCUAGUGUGGCCACCAUGCUCAUAAGUCUUGAGGAACUGGACGUUCGUUGGUGCUCGAAAAUGCAUGAAGUUAUAGGUGCGGAAGAUGAAGAGGUCAGCCAAGAAGAUAAUGCUCGGCAUCAUGAUGUUGGAAAAUGUAGAGAAAUUGCACUGGGAAGAACCAACAAGGAGUUUGUGUUUCCUAAAUUAAACUCUCUGCGGUUGGAAGACCUUAAGAAUCUUCGAAGUUUUGGUGGUAGCCACCGGGAGGAUUAUGAGUUUAAAUUUCCCCUACUCACUGAGUUGUUCAUAAUGAAUUGCCCAAAGUUGAAGAAGUUCUGUUCCGGAAAGUUGGAUGCACCGUGGCUUAAGAAAGUUCAAAUAGGGCCGAGUGACAGGGAGAAUUUUGAACCUCCUGUGGAUUUAAAGGUACUAAUAUCCUAA